GAGAAAUGUUUGGGGUGUUAACGGGGAAGAGACAUAUGAUAGAUGAUGAUGAUGGUCAGGAUCAGGUGGUGGCCACCUCAACCGCAAGAAUCUGUGCCGAUUGCAAGACCUCCAAAACCCCUUUAUGGAGAAGUGGCCCUCAUGGUCCCAAGUCCUUGUGUAAUGCUUGUGGGAUAAGAUACAGGAAGAGGAGGAGAAGAGAAUUUGAAUUUCUCAAAAUGGGUAAAGAUAUCUCCAUGAAGGAGAAGAAGAAUGGACACGUAGUUGAUGAAGAGGGAGAACUACUUGUCUUACAGGGAAAAUUUGCAGGAAAAGAAGAAGCAGAGGCAGCUCUUUUGCUAAUGGCUUUGUCUUGUGGGCUUUGUGUUCGUUGAUCAAUCAUGACAAUCCCUCUCCGAUUCAAAAGUUUGGAAACUUUUCUAUUUUGGCCUUUUCGAGUGGUGAAUGGCAGUUGCUGUACCUCUGGCUUUUUUCUCUGGUCUCUAUCAGUGCAAAGAGAACAGAAACACAAAUGUCCCUGCCUUCUCCCUAGUCCCCACUAGCUAUCCACUGUUUCCAUUGCAAUGCCUGCAUAUUGGCACGACUUUAGAGGGUGAGAGAUGAAGUGGUUCUUGUUUUCUUGUGUUUGGAUUUUCUUUUUGUCCUUCCCUAAUAAAGAAACCAGAGCUGAGUCAGCUGAGCAAGUUGAUCUUCUGUCACAGUUUUUCCUGUAUCUUUCUUGUCUUCCA